AGGUGCAGCGCGGUCAGUCACACGAUCAGAGUCCAACCGAGAAGAUCAGAACUUGUGCAGGAACUCCUGGUUCUCCUGGGUUCCAUCAGCUCUUCAUCAUGCUGCCACUCAGCCCAACUUCAGCUUUACUCAGGUCUGCUGUCAGACACCAGCUCACUGCCAGGGCCAACAUAUCUGCCAAACCUGCCAAGCAUGUGAUCUCCACAGGGGAGCAGGCGAUCGCGAUGCUGACCAUGUUCGUGACCAUCCUGGCUCCCUCAGGAUAUGUCCUCGCUCACCUGGAGGACUACAAGAAACGACCCUGAGCUCUGAGACCGGCCUCGUCUGCUCUCCUGCAUUCCGCUGUACACCCAUGUCUGAUUAAUAAAUAAUCCUGAAUACUAAA